AUGUGGCUCAAACGCAAGAGUUCCACUCAGAACAGCUCCAACAAAGAAAAUAGUCCCGAGGGCAAUCCGGGUUGGAAAUCGCUAUUCGGAUUCACGACUCGAAGACACCUACCAACUCUCAUAUUAGGGUCUAUCUUUGCCCUGGUUGCAAGCCUUGUUACGCCGGCACUUGCAAUUUUCCUCGGCAAUUUGUUCGACUCUUUUAACUCUUUCGGCGCUGAUAAGACUGAUGCCAAAGGGCUUCGUGGGCAGGUAAUCACAAAUUGCCUAGGGAUGAUUGGACUGGGAGUAGGCGGUUGGUUUCUGAACGGUGCAUACUAUGCUCUUUUCGUCGCAUUCGGGGAAAUGCAGGCCUCCGUUAUUCGCAGCGAAGUGUUUCUAGAAUUACUAAAACGCGACGUUGAGUGGUUCGAGGCCAAAAGCGAAGGCUCCGGGGCUUUGUUGUCUGGAAUUCAAGCACACAUCCAUGAAAUGCAGAUGGCAACAUCGCAGCCACUCGGACUUGUACUGCAAUAUUCAUGUCGUUCACUGGCUUCAUUGGGGCUGGGCUUCUACACAUCAUGGAGCCUCUCUCUGGUAACUCUUGCAGGCAUCCCCAUAUUCUCGACAAUCAUCGGAUACCUUUCUUCCAAAAUGAGAUUUAGCAUUACAGCACAGCAGGCUGAGCUUACCGAGGCUUCUAAGGUUGCCAACAAUGCCAUUUCCAAUAUCGAUACAGUCAAAUGCCUCAAUGGUCAGGCCUUCGAGCAUCGGAACUUUUCUCAGCGCAUUGAGAGGUCUGCUACGCACUACCUUCGACAGGCUAGGCUGAAUUCUCUACAAAUUGCUGUCAUUCGAUGGAUGAUGUUCGGGAUGUUUGUUCAGGGAUUCUGGUAUGGCAGCUCGCUAGCGCGCGCUGGGAAACUCACAUCCGGAGAAGUUCUCAGAACAUUCUGGGCCUGCCUGACCGCAGCUCAGUCUAUCGAGCAGGUCUUGCCACAGGUGAUUGUGAUGGAGAAAGGAAAGGUCGCUAGUGCCGCCUUGAAAUCGAUCAUACAGGCCCGAAGAGAAGACAAAAUUGUGAGCGAGCUAAACGGGACUCGGUAUCCGGAACACUGUGAAGGUGAUAUCGAAGUUAAAAACGUAUCAUUUUCAUAUCCUAGCCAGCCUGAUCAAUGUGUUCUUCAGCGAUUAAGCUUUUUCUUCCCCGCUGGAGAAACGACGUUUGUUAUAGGGAAAAGCGGCUCUGGUAAAAGUACCCUUAGCCAACUGUUGAUGCGGUUCUAUUUGCCAACCUCCGGUAAAAUCCUGAUUGACGGCAAUCCAAUGCAAGAUCUCGAUAUCAACUGGAUCCGCAACAACAUUACUCUUUUAGAGCAAAAAAGCGUUCUCUUCAAUGAGACUGUGCUCACGAAUAUCGCCUUCGGUCGUCAGGAUCACGAAAAUGUCACGAAGCAAGAUGUCAAAGGUCCUAUUGGGUUGGCCCUGCUUGAGAAUACAAUCGAUGGUCUCCCCAAAGGAAUCCACACUUGCGUUGGGCCAGGUGGAAGCUUUUUGAGCGGUGGCCAAAGGCAGCGAGUUGCAAUUGCCAGAGCGAAAUUACGUGACACCCCGAUUCUGAUCUUGGAUGAACCCACUAGCGCUCUUGACCACACCAACCGAGUUGCAGUAAUGAAAGCAAUCCGUGAGUGGCGAAAAGGGAAGACCACCAUCAUUAUCACUCACGAUAUGUCACAAAUCAUGGAACAUGAUUUCUUGUACAUCCUUGAACAGGGUUCCAUUGUGAAAUCGGGCUACAGAUAUGCCGUCGAGUCCACUCCGGGAAGCGAAAAGUAUUUCCAUGCGAAAGUCGACAGUUCUCUGGGAACCAAGUUCCAGAACAAUAAGGCCCUAGAUGGUAUCGACAUUCCGUGGGAGAGCUCAUCGUCGGAGAGCUUGGACACCCCGAGACCUCAAACAGCUUUCCUCGGGCAUCGUCGGGCCAGAGGAUCCUGGGCCCAAGGCCACAUCCCUUUAAACGUUCACUCUGGCUCGUUGGACUUGAUGGCGAGACGGAAUUCGGAAUAUGUGGUCAGGAAUGGGGAGUUCCCCGGGUCUUCUUUGCAAGUUCAAAACCGACGUAUCUCCUUUAUGGCAGAACAGCGAGAUUCGAAAGAAACAACUAUCCAACUUCCCGUGGAAGAAGUCGAAAUGGUUCAUAUUGAUGAUCAUGUCUUGAAGUCGGAUCCAUGGCCCAAUGAACACACCGCGAAAAAUCUAUCAAAGAAGCAUAGCCGGAGAUCACAUGGCCGUCGCAAGAAAUCAAAACAGCAGCCCACAGCGAAAGAACGAAUGACACCGCUCUCUCAAAUUAUGGGCACCAUUCUGUCGACUUUGACACUCAAACAGCGAAUCAUCCUCUUCCUAGGAUUCGCCGCAGCACUGGCCCAUGCAAGCGCAACUCCGAUAUUUUCAUAUUGCCUGUCACAGCUGUUCGGAACCUUCUAUGCUGGAACCAACAGUGAACACCUGACAAUGACAUGGUCACUCGCUGUACUAGGAGUGUCUUUCGGAGAUGGCCUUGCGUCUUUUUUCAUGCAUUAUUUCCUAGAAAUUUGCGGCGAGGCUUGGAUGGAUUCCUUUAGGAAGAAUGCCUUCCAACGCAUUCUUGACCAACCACGGGCCUGGUUUGAGAAAGACGGUAACGGAUCUCUUAGACUCACAUCCUCUCUCGAUCAGAAUGGAGAAGAUAUGCGAAACCUACUGGGCCGUUUCGCCGGUUUUGUGGUUGUUGCUGCCGCAAUUACCGUCAUGGCAAUCAUCUGGAGCUUGAUUGUUUGCUGGAAGUUGACACUCGUUGCUCUUUCCUGUGGGCCGGUUAUCUAUAUCAUCACUCGAGGCUUCGAGGGAACAAAUGGACUAUGGGAAAUACGGUGCAAUCAUGCGAACGGUAUCUCCGCCGAUGUCUUUACUGAGACCUUUUCAGAGAUCCGUACUGUACGGACAUUGACAUUGGAAGGCCACUUCCACCGCAAACAAGCCAAUGCGAUCGCGCACUGCUUGUUGCUGGGAUUGAAACGUGCCAUCUAUACAGGCAUGCUUUUCGGUAUGGUAGAAUCGAUAGUCAUAUUUUCUACCGCUUUGAUCUUCUAUUAUGGAGCGGAGCUCGCAGCAUCUCGCGAGUUCAAUGUUAACGACGUGAUGAUGGUAUUCUCGAUGCUACUUUUCAGCAUUGGAUACGCUGCUCAGAUUCUCUCAUGGAUUCCCCAAAUCAACACCUCCCGCGAGAUAGCGACGCAGCUUAUUCGCCUCGCCAAGCUCCCACAAGAUGGAUCCCACGAGCACGUCGGUAGUUUAACGGUUUCAAAUCUCACCCCAAUCAAGCUCACGAACGUGAAUUUCCGAUAUCCCUCUCGACCAAACACACUGGUGUUGAAGAAUGUCUCGAUUUCCAUCCCACGCAACUCCUGUACAGCACUUGUAGGACGAUCCGGGUCGGGAAAAUCCACGAUCGCGUCGCUGCUAUUAUCGCUCUACGAAGCUCCAGCUUCCCAAACUGGACAGCCCACAGUGACACUCGGCGGUGCAGACAUCCUUCGGCUGCAUGUUCCAACCCUCCGCUCACAGAUCUCUAUCGUAUCGCAACAACCAACGAUUUUCCCAGGCACCAUUCAUGAAAAUAUCAGUUAUGGGCUAGAUCAGCACUUGCCUCUAGCUUCAUCUCAUAGUGUCCGCACUGCCGCUCAAGGAGCAGGGAUUGAUGAUUUCAUCUCCUCUCUCCCUCGUGGAUACAAUACUGUGAUCGGGGAUGGCGGAGUCGGUCUUUCCGGUGGCCAGAAACAGCGCGUGGUCAUUGCACGGGCUCUUUUGCGUCAACCUCAAAUCCUGAUUCUUGAUGAAGCCACGUCUAGCUUGGAUCCCGCGGGUGCGGAGAUCGUGCGGCAGACAGUGCAGCAGCUGGUGGCUGUGCGUCGGGGGCUUACUGUAAUCAUCAUCACGCACUCAAAGGAAAUGAUCGAGAUCGCGAAUCAUGUCGUUGUCCUUGACCAGGGGGUUGUCGUAGAGGAUGGAACGUACCAGGAUCUGGCCAACAUGAAUGGCGGCAAGUUGCAUGCCUUGCUCAGUGACCCUGAGGAACCAACUCUGAUUUUCGCGGCGGGCGCGUGGUACCCGCCCACCAUUUUCAACCCAAUCAUCAAAGAACUCGCCGACUAUACCUGCCACAGUGUCGCAUUUCCCUCAAUCCAGCAAGCCAGCUCGGUCACCGAUCUUCAACCAGAUAUCGAUGCCGUGAGGUCUAUCGCUCAACAGGAGGCAGAUGCCGGCCAUGACAUCGUCAUCAUCGCGCACAGUUGGGCCGGUUUACCAGUAAGCAGCGCGCUGGAUGGACUGAGCAAGUCAGAGCGCGAAGCCGCCGGUCAAAAAGGCGGCGUCGUGAAACUCAUCUUCAUCGCCGCUUUCCUACCGAGCAUGGGCGAGGGUUUGAUCGGCGCGUUCGGUGGGAUGCCCCCGCCGUGGUAUGUGCGCGAUGAAGAGAACGGAACUGUAACUGCGAGUGAUCCGCUCGUGUUGUUUUUCCAUGAUGUUCCCGAUGGCGCGGAGUGGGUUAAGCUUCUCAAGCCACAUUCUUGGGCGACGCAAAAUGCCCCCGCUACCGGUGUCGCGUACAUGAACAUUCCAUCUGUGUAUCUCUUGACUGAGGAGGACCGCGCGACUCCGUUGCCGGUUCAGCAGGUGCUGGUGGAGCGCGCGCGACGGAGGGGGGCGCAGAUUGAAACUGAAAAAAUUAAAACGGGGCAUACGCCUUGGUUGGCUAUGCCGGGUCAAGUGGUAGAUUACAUCAAGAAGCAUGCUAGGGAGUGA